AUGCGCGGACAGGUGCAAUUACUCGUACUCAUACAGCUGCUGAUCGGAUUCCAAAUUGGAGAAACUAUGUACAGAACGAUUGGCGAAUUUGACCGCUUCGAGGUUGAGUACAGUGCUUUGGGGGACUUCUCCAAGUUGCGAAUCACGAAGUACAACCGAACAACUCCGGUCAUCAAUGGAACCUACGACAUCGCGGUGGAUUUGGAUGAUAGCUAUGAGCUAGGAGUAACUUGCGCUAGAAGUGCCCUCGGAAACAACCAAUACAACACAAUUCCCUUGAAGCUUUCGUCAAUGCCGGUCUGCCAGUUCUUCAAAACGUAUGCGUAUGAUUAUCAGUAUAUGUAUUUAAACAAAUCGAAUUUCCCACAAGUGCCUCGGGAAGGAAUGUGUCCUUUCCCUAAAGGAACUUAUUGGAUCAAAAACGUGGCGUUGGAUGCAUCGGCUUUACCUCCUGUCCUGCCGGAUGGUUAUUACCGGUGUUACCUGGAUGUGUGCAGUCUCCCCGAACGCACUCAACUACUUCGUCAGGCUUAUUAUGCAAGAAUUUAUAAGGAACUAAUAAAGUAUUGA